GAGAGAAGAGAGAGAGAGAGAGCACCAAAGAGUAACGUUUAAGCAAAACAUUUAUUCUCGUCUGUUGUGUGUCUCAUGGCCAUGGGUUUCGCAAAUCUUAGAUCUGCAGCAUCUAUUCCGUCAGUUAUAGUUGUUGUUGUACUUUUCGCGGCAAUUAGGGCUACUGAAGCUUCGAUCCAUGUCUACGAUGCUGAAAUCUUUAAGGAGGUCGGAAAUGCUUAUCUGCUCUCUGGUGGUAGUGAAGGAAUUGUAGCUUCUCGUGUUGCUCCUCCAGCUUCUGCUGAGCGGCAUUUCAGAUUAGGGACCCACGAUGGCCUUUCUUAUAUACGGUUUGAGAACAUCACCUUCUGGAGGAGUAAGGAAGCUGCUGACAAGCAUUCAAGUAUGGAACAUAGCACAGGCCUGGUUCAGGCUAUUAUUUUUGAGGCAGCUGAGCGGGAUAAUAUUGGUGGUUCUGCUUAUGGUGGGCAAAGGUCAAUAUGUUGCACCCCUGAUCUGGCAAAGCUUGAAGGUUGUAAGCAAGGUGAAGUUAUUAGGAGACCUUCUGCUGGGGAUCCUGACUGGCCUAUUGUUUUAAAUACACAGUUCAGUGCGAAUUUUUUGUUCACACGGAUGAAUUCUAAAGAGAUUUACAUUAAAAAGAGUGGAAUGUAUAACUUGUUCUUUAUAUCCUGUGACCCGAGUCUCAAGGGGCUGGCAAUGAGUGGGAAGACACUGUGGAAGAAUCCUGAUGGUUAUUUACCUGGGAGGAUGUCACCGCUAAUGAAAUUCUAUCAAUUCAUGUCAGUUGCAUAUUUAAUGCUCAGCGUAAUAUGGAUUUCUCAGUAUGUCAGAUUUUGGAAGGAUGUAUUGCAGCUUCAGAACUACAUCAGCACUGUUAUUGUUCUUGGUUUGUUUGAAGUGACUCUUUGGUAUUUUGAGUAUUUAAAUUUUAACAAUACUGGAAUUAGGCCAAUUGGGAUUACAACUUGGGUUGUUACAAUCGGAGCCAUAAGGAAAACAUUUUCACGCAUUCUUAUACUCUCUGUUUCUAUGGGAUAUGGUGUUGUGAGGCCUACUCUUGGAGGUCUUACCUCGAAGGUUCUUCUUCUCGGAGUGACCUAUUUCUUGGCAACAGAGUUACUAGAUAUCACUGAGUAUGUGGGAACUAUCAAUGACAUAUCAGGGAGAGCAAGACACCUCCUGGUUCUGCCUAGUGCAUUCCUGGAUGCUUUUUUAAUCUUAUGGAUUUUCACUUCUCUUUCGAAGACAUUGGAGCAGCUACAGGCAAAAAGAAGUGCUGCUAAGUUGGAUAUUUAUAGAAAAUUCUCAAAUGCAUUAGCAGUAGCUGUGAUUGCUGCAGUUGCUUGGAUCGGUUAUGAGGUUUUCUUCAAAGCAACAGAUCCAUUCAGUGAGUGGUGGCAGAGUGCUUGGGUAAUCACUGCUUUCUGGGAUGUUCAUGCAUUUGCUGUACUCUCUGUUAUCUGCUAUCUUUGGGGACCAUCUCAGAGCUCUCAAAGGUACGCGUACUCGGAGGAAGUAAGAGAAGAGUUUGGCGAUGAAGAAGCUCAAUCCCUAACCAGAGGAACAACAGAAGGUGAUCUUAGUUUAGUCAGGCAAGAGAAAAAAGAGAAGAAUGUUGAAGAUGAUGAUGACUUUGAUCUAGAAGAUGACACAGAAGAAGACAAAAGGGAAUGAUCCAUGAGAAUUCAUCGCAAAGGACCUUAUGGUCAUGUUUUUUGCUGCAAGAGGCUCUUUUUGAAAGCGCAUUGAUGGGAAAGUUUCCAAUAAUUCCCCACCUUCAUAUAUGAUUGCAAUUCUUGAAUUUAUUGGAUAUCUGAGCAUCUACUCUCAAGUCUCAACCGAAGAGAGUUUUACCAGUGUGGCUGUCACAAAUCCAUCCACUCUUGACCUUCCACAGAUUUUGCGACUACCUGAUGUAUUUAAUUUUCUCCAGCUUUUUUCUAAGCUUAAGUCUGGUAAAUUGUAAUGUAGACCUACGUAUAAUUGUGUGGAUUUAUUGCA